UGGGAUAGCAUAUAUAUAAUAACAUUAUUAUUAUAUUUGUAUAUGCUGUUACAAUUAGAAACAGUCACAUAUUAAGGAAAAGCUUGAAACAGACACAAGAAGAAGCAAAGACACCUCCUCACACUGUUUAUGUUCUGUUGUCUUUUGUUUCUCUUUAAUCUGGUAUCUUACUCAUUACCUUGCUCCUUCUUCUCUUCUCCUAGCUGAGUUUCAAUCUCUAGUUAUGUUGACCAAUAAUAUUGCUGCAAUUACAAGCUGUUGUGAAGUCAAGGUGCACCGUUCCAUAUGCAUAGAGCUUAACGGAUUCAUUGAUAGAAUUUUGCAUAUUAUAUUAGCCAUUGAAUCUUCUAGACCAAAUUGUGCCUUAGCAAUUCAAGCAUUGUGCUCUUUGCACUUUACUUUGGAUAAAGCCAAGUCAGUUAUCAAAAUCUGUUCUGGCUCCAGUAAACUCUACCUGGCAAUAACAUCACACAAGAUACUUUCAAGAUGUGAAAAGUUAAGAAACUCUUUUGAGUUGUACUUGACUCAGAUUCAGAAUACUGUUCCAAUUCCAUUGGCUGCUGAGAUAUGUUCAAUAUUAAAGGAUCUAAGGGAUGCAGAAUUUUCCUUGGAAUUUGAAGAAGAUGAGGCUAGGCAAGUUUUACUUUCACUACUUGAGAAGGAAUUUCCUGAUUCAGCUUCUAUGGAGAAUGCAGAAGUUGAAGCUAUUAAAAUUGUAGCUUUGAGGUUGGAUAUGAAAUCUUCAUCCUCAAUUCUAGUAGAGAAAUCAAGUCUUAAGAGGCAGCUUGAAAAAGUCAAUAAGACAAACCAAAAGGAAAAGGAACUUUUAGCAUACCUUUUAUAUUUGUUGAUUAAAUAUGGUAAAUUCAUUUUUAAGUUUCAAAAUGAAAGCAAUGUUUGUGAAUCAAGUUAAUGACUCUAUCAACCCAAAAGUUGGAAAUGUAUGAUUAUUUAUUCAA